UUUUUCUUCUUCAGUCGCAAAUUUUACUCAUAAAUAUAUUUCAGCAGUAUUCGCUAAUUCAGAUCUAUCAAGACUUUGAUUCCGACUUUCCGAGCAACAGCAACAUUAAUUCCAACCAGAAGUACCGAAAGCCAAGAAAUGUCAUUGUGCAUGUCGACAUUAAAUGGUGCUCCAUUGAUAUCAACAAGCCAAAGUCUCAUUACAUCAUCUUCUAUAGUUAAUUCAACUUCUCAUGCAGCAAUCUCAAAAAGCAAGUAUCUUGCCUCAUGCAACGUUCAUGGCUUCCAUAGUAGAAACUUGCAGUAUCACCCCAUGUUUACGUUUGCACGACGAAACUUUGUUGUAUGCAGCAAUAUUACUCCACCUCCCGGAGUUCCUCUUCCUUCAGGACCACCUUCGGAUUCUUUGAAUGGUUGGGUGCUGUGUAUCGUGUUGACAUUUGUAUUACCCUUUAUCACGCGUAAAUGGGGGCCAUUGAUUGCACUAAAAAAUAGAGUGGACACAGCGGUAGACAUGGCGGAGCAUAUAGCGGAAGUUAUGGAAGAUGUGGCUGGAAAAGUUGAUAAGGUGAUCGAUAACAUUACUGAUGAUCUUCCUGAAGAUAGCAAACUUAGAAAAAAGUUGGAAGCCGUUGAUGAGCUGAUUGAAGGAGUAGCAAAGAGUGCUCAUAUCGCCAAUGAUAUCAUCGACAAGGUGGAAGAAGCUGAAGAUAAACUCGAGUCCUUGCUUCUUUCCCAAGCAAACGAGGAAACGGUUUCCAUACAAGUUGUGAAAAAGGAGGAAGUUUCUACCCAUAAAGAUUGAAUAGUUAUUAAUAUUCGAGAAAAAGAUAACGAUGGUCAACGUAUUAAAGUUUGACCUAUGAUUAGGAGAAGCAUUUAAAAUCAAUUUGUUCAUUUAUUUGUAAUAUAUAUUCUUACCGUU